AUGGGGAACUUGAGUGUAAUUAUUCCAUUCUUCUGUGGGUACUACACAAGUAAUUUAACUUGUUUUAAUUGUCUUGGGCUUUAUUGGGCCAUCGACAUUCCCGGGCUGAAUUCGGAGCUCCAUCAUGGACCCCAUUUCGUGAACAAUCACGGAGUAGCGAAAAGCGUCGUGUCACAAACUCUCCAGAAUCAAACCAGUAACACUGACGGCCCUAGAAGGAACAUGCAUCGUUUUCUCUCUUUCAUUCGCCAUGCCAGUCGAUCCUCUUCUGCUUCGUCUCUGCCUUUUCGUUUUGAGGUCAAUUGCUCAGCUCGAAGCUUUGGCAGUUUAGGAGCUCUUAGAUCUCAUGGAUCCUCAGAAUCUGCAAGCUUGUACAAGUGCUUCUCGGUGUUCCCGCAAAGCAAUGAACAUGUUAGAGGAUUUUCAAGUAUGAAUUCUGGGUGGAACACUUUGGACAAAAAUUUUAAUGCUUCCCGUGGUUUUAAUCCGGACUCUCAAAGAAGUGUAAACCUCCUCGGUGAGAAUGAUUCUGAGACGAAGACGAGUUCCAGGCCUAUGGACUUUGUGAGAAGAAUUGUAGAGACAGAUGGUAAGGGUGUUAUGGGGGCUGCUGAACUUUCUGGCUAUAAUUUAGAGCAUGAUCAUGAUGUUGUUCAUAUAAAGCUAUUGCGUAACAAUACCUUCGUUACUGUGACGGACUCUAAAGGAAAUGUAAAACUUAAGUCCUCAGUUGGGUGUUUGAAAGACAUGAAAGGAGGACAAAAGCUUGCCAGGUAUGCUGCUGAAGCUACAGCUGAAGAAGUUGGACGAAUGGCCAGGAGGUUGGCACUGAAAUCUGUUGUUGUUAAAGUGAAAGGAUUUACUUAUUUUAAGAAGAAGAGGCAGGCAAUAGAGAGCUGGAGAGAUGGCUUUACUAAUUCUCGAGCAGGCAGAAAUCCAAUUGUGUGCGUUGAAGAUACGACUCGAAUUCCCCAUAACGGAUGCCGGCGCCCUAAGAAGCGACGUAUUUGAUUGAUCUCCUGAAGCUCUAUGUGCAAACUAUAAAUUCUUCUGAACUUUUGUUACAUGCUGAAUUCAUCUUGAAUAUCCAUUUGAUUUUGAUGUUGAAUUCCAGUAUACAGGUCCUGCUUGCAUAUCUUGUUUACACAGUUUGUACAAUACUGAUGGAUAGUUCUGCUGUAAACAAAAUUUCGGUAGAAGUUAUUUUUAAAAUAACAAUUUGACGGUGGAAUUGGAAAAAAGAUGUUUUCUUCUUA